UAGAAAUAACGUGGCGCCGUUUUAGAUUCUGGGGGCAGUGCACGGCCCCUUCCUCAGACUCCGGCCCAGUUUCAGCGAUCUCCACAGCAGCCUCUGAGGCCAACCCCAGAGAGCGUCAGGAUGGCCGAGGAAAAGAGUGACAAACUAGUACUGGAAGAAACUGCAUUUGAAGAAAUCGAAAGGGAUUUUCAGGAGGUUCUCAGUGAACUUUCAGGAGACAAAAGUCUGGAAAGAUUUAGGAUCGAAUAUGAGAAGCUUCAUGCUGUCAUGAAAAAGUCUUAUGACAAUGAAAAGCGUCUGAUGGCCAAAUGCAGAGAGCUAAAUGCAGAGAUUGUGGUUAAUUCCGCGAAGGUUGCCACUGCCCUGAAGCUCUCUCAAGAUGAUCAGACCACCAUCGCGUCCCUAAAGAAGGAAAUUGAAAAGGCCUGGAAGAUGGUGGACUCAGCCUAUGAUAAAGAGCAGAAGGCGAAGGAGACGAUUCUCGCGCUGAAAGAGGAGAUAGUGAACCUCACCAAACUAGUUGAGCAAGGGUCUGGACUGUCAAUGGACCAUGAUAGCAAUAUCCGAGAUUUACUGAAGUGCAAAGAAGAAGUGACAAAGGAGCGAGACCAGCUCUUGUCAGAAGUGGUGAAAUUACGGGAGUCCUUGGCUCAGACCACUGAACAGCAGCAGGAAACGGAGCGAUCCAGAGAAGAGGCAGAGCAGACCAUCAGUCAGUUCCAGCAAGAAAUCCAGCUACGUCAGAACGAAUCUUCGAGGGAGGCUCGAAAGAAGGAGAAAUUAGAGAAAGAGCUCAAGCAGAUUCACAUGGACAUGGACAGCAGGCAGACGGAGAUUAAGGCCCUGCAGCAGUACGUGCAGAAGAGCAAGGAGGAGCUUCAGAGGCUGGAGCAGCAGCUGAAGGAGCAGAAGAUACUGAACGAGAGAGCUGCAAAGGAACUGGAGCAGUUUCAGAUGAGAAAUUCUAAACUUCAGCAAGAGAACGAACAACACAGUUUGGUUUGUGAGCAGCUAUCCCAGGAAAACCAUCAGAAGGCAUUGGAGCUCAAAGCCAAAGAGGAAGAAGUCCAUCAGAUGCGCCUUGACAUCGGGAAGCUCAACAAAAUCAGAGAACAAAUCCAUAAGAAAUUGCACCAGAUUGAAGAUCAAAAGGCAGAAGUGGAACAGCACAAGGAAACUCUGAAAAAUCAGAUCUUGGGAUUAGAGAGAGAGGUGGAGGCUUCAAAGAAACAAGCGGAACUUGAUAAGAAAGCGAUGGAUGAGCUUCUGAGAGAAAGGGACAUAUUAAAUAAGAAUAUGCUUAAGGCAGUCAACGCGACCCAGAAACAGAUAGACCUGGUAAAGCUCCAUGAACAAGCCAAGAAGAACCUGGAGGAAGAAAUCCAGAACUACAAGGACGAGGCUCAGAAGCAGAGAAAGAUCAUCUUUCAGCUGGAAAAGGAGCGAGAUCGGUACAUCAACGAAGCCAGUGACCUUACCCAAAAGGUCCUCCUGAACAUGGAAGACAUAAAAAUCCGUGAAAUGCAGAUUUUUGACUACAGGAAAAAAAUCGCUGAAUCAGAGACUAAACUAAAACAGCAACAGAACCUGUAUGAAGCUGUCAGGUCAGACAGGAAUCUGUACAGCAAAAACCUGGUUGAGGCUCAGGAUGAAAUAACAGAAAUGAAGAGAAAAUUAAAGAUUAUGACCCAUCAGGUAGAUCAGCUGAAAGAAGAAAUCUCUGCCAAAGAGUCAGCACUUGUGAAGCUACAUCUGGAACAGCAGCGGAUAGAAAAGGAGAAGGAAAUCUUGAAGGCCGAGCUGCAGAAGCUGAGACAGCAAGCCCUGGAGACCAAACAGAGCAUUGAAAAGCAGGAAGCUGAAGAGAGAAAACUCCUGCGAAUCAUUGCUGAGGCUGAUGGAGAGAGGCUGAGACAGAAGAAGGAAUUAGACCAGGUCAUCAGCGAGAGAGAUAUCCUGGGGUCGCAGCUUGUUCGGCGCAAUGAUGAGUUGGCUUUGCUCUAUGAGAAGAUCAAGAUCCAACAAUCCGUGUUGAAUAAAGUCGAGAGGCAGUACAAUCAGAGAUUGGAGGACAUGAGAAUCCUCAAACUUGAGAUCAAGAAACUUCGCUGGGAAAAGGGGAUUCUUGCCAGGAGUGUGGCUAAUGUCGACGAACUCAGGUAA